UCACGAAGACCAUUUUUCAUCUAAAUCAAAAACAGAUUUAGUUGAAAUUAUAAACAGAUUGGAAACUUACAAUAAAUGUAAAAGCAUUGAAAAUACAGUGUUUCAAAGAUACUUAAUAAAAAUGGAUCCCACAAGCUUAGAAAUUGUAAAUGGAGAAGUGCAAUUAAGUGACAAAAUGGAUGCAGGUUAUGCUUCAACAAUAAGUGGUCUUACGAGUCCAUCAAGAUUUCUUUCCAAAUCAAAGUCAAGUUUUGGCUUGACGGCAACGCAAAUGAGACACUCUAAUUUAAAAAUAUCAAGUCAAUUCAAAUUGGAUCUUGUUGAACAAGCUCUUCAAUGGGAAAAUGAACAAACUGACAAGGAUAUUGAAAAAUGUGAAGAUGAAAAACAAUCCCAUUUAUCAAAGAUAGAAGAAAUGCAAAUUCGUAAAAAUGAAAUUAAAAACACAAAAGUAUUGCUUAAUCAACUGGUUGAAAAUUAUGCAAAUCCCAUAACGAAACGAAUAACAGAAAUAAAAGAACGAUCACCUGCAGACAUAAAUAACGAAUCUUUAAAACUAACUGAUUUUGAUCGAAUUCGAAUUAUUAAUAAACAAUUAAAGCAAUCUAUUGAUGAAAAAGAGGACAUGUUGAAUAUAAAACGUAGAGACCUUUCUAUAAUAUCAGAUUCAUUAAUACUACAUAAGGAAUUUCUACGUCAGCAAAAGUUGCAAUUUAAGUUGAUAAAACAGAAAAUUGUUGAUACACAAAAACGAAUUAAAGAGCUUGAACGGCAGCAAUGCUAUGUGAAUAUUCAAAUUAAGCAUGCCGAAAAAGCUUAUAAUAAAAUUAUGUCGUUGAAAAAUCUUCUAUCAUCUAAUAUGAAUACUAGUGAAUAUGCGAGAAAAUGCGCUGAAUUAAGAGAAUUACGACUUAGUAUCAAGCAUGGAAAUAGACGACUUCAAGCACAAAACAGUAGAAUGUUGCUUAUGCGAAGGAAACUAUUGAAAGAAAAAUAUAACCGUAAGCUAGCUCGUAUUAAAUUAAAUAAUGAAUGA